AUGUCGCUCCAGCGUCUCUAUCUACUAAAGUAUGCUCCAUCUUUUGACGCACGACCUACAUAUUGCAAUGUUUGUCGAUACAAAAUAAACGCCAGACAUUUACUUCGAUGUGAAGUGUGCAAGUUCAAUGUACACAAACGAUGUGCAGCCAAAGCCAUCAACAACUGCAAGUGGACCACAUUGGCAUCAGUUGGAAAGGAUAUAAUAGAAGAUGCAGAUGGGAACAUCCUCAUGCCCCACCAAUGGAUGGAAGGAAAUAUUCCAGUACUAUCGAAAUGUUCAGUCUGCAAUCAGAUAUGUGGUUCUGUGCUAGGAUUACAAGAUUGGCGAUGUUUAUGGUGCCAUGCUACUGUUCAUACUCAAUGCCGACCGACCGUACAAAAACAAUGUCCUCUUGGACCAGCUAGAGUCAGUGUCGUACCACCGACGGCACUGCAUUCCGUACAGGAUGAAGCGUGGGAAGUCGUAAGGCCGCAAGCAUCCAGUCCACUUUUGGUUUUUGUCAAUUCUAAAUCAGGAGACAAUCAGGGCGUUAAGUUCCUGCGACGAUUCAAGCAGCUGCUCAACCCCGCACAAGUAUUCGACCUCAUCUCUACCGGUCCUCGGCUCGGCCUCAAACUCUUCAGGCACUUCGAUCCGUUCCGAAUACUGGUGUGCAGCGGCGACGGAUCGGUCGGCUGGGUAUUGUCCGAGAUUGACAAGCUAGAUAUGCACAAACAAUGUCAGGUGGCAGUUCUUCCAUUAGGUACCGGAAAUGACCUGGCUCGAGUUCUAGGUUGGGGAGCUAGCUGUGACUCAGACGCACACUUACCGCAAUUACUAGAAAAGUACGAAAGAGCUAGCGUCAAAAUGCUAGACAGGUGGAGUGUCAUGGCUUUCGAACGAGCCAUUGCUGUGCCAAAAUUAUCCUUGACCCCAGGCCAACCAGAAGGUCAGCUCCAUAUACAAAUCACGCAAUACGAGGAUACUCUCAAGGGUCACUUGGAGAAUAUUCUUCAGUCGGAUGAGACUUCUGUUAUUAUAAAUUCGGCAAAGGUACUAUGCGAGACUAUCAAAGACCUACGUCUGCAAGUGACCGAGAGCUCGUUCACACGAGGCGACGAGCAACUGGUCAGACUGAGCGAAAUCCUGCAACAAAAACAGGACCUGCUGCUGCAGGCGCUCACCAGCGACGUCGACGUCGCGGCGUUCCCCUCGGCGCCCGUCUCCGAGGAAAGUUCCAAGAAGCAGGAGGACACGGACAGUGAAAUCUCGUUCGACAGGGGCAAAAGUGAAAAGUGCGAAAAGGAACUGAGCAACUUCAACUUUCGAAAGCACAGAAGGACGUCGCGGUUUAUGGAACGCGAGAAGGACGCCCUCAAUAACAGAGCGAACAGUCUGAAAAAAGCCCUUCGGAAUUUGUUUUAUAGCGGUAACUCGAUAGGAUAUAUAAAGGUGUUGCACACCUUGAGUGUUAAGGGUUACCAUAGGAACAGUUAUAAAAUGGACCGUUUAGGGCAUAUAAGUGUUAUAUAA